AUGUUUGUGCUUCGCCUCGGGUCUAAGGUUUUUUGUUUAAAAGCUUUUGCAACGAUUCAAACAAUCAGCUAUUCAGCACGCCAUCACCCUGCUCCACCGAAACCAUCGUCCCUGCUUUAUCGGUGUCAUCGCCACCUGCUCCAACUCUGCCGUGGCAUUUGUCGACUGUCGCCGUCACAUUUAUUCACCAUCGCUAGUCUUGACUUCAAUUUGCUUCAAAUUCUCCCAACAUACACACGCAACACUCGGAUAUACGAUCCAUUGAUAUGCCCCCUAAGGAUUUCGGUUAAAUUCUCACUAGAGGAAAACGCAGUGCUCGACAUAACGACUGAUUGCACUUGGUCAAACCUCAAAGCAACUUUUCGUGCCAAAUUUUGUCGAUACUUGGUCACAAAAAUGCAAUCCACUUUUGCUUUCAUCCUAUGUGGAGUUUUCGUAAUACUCAAACUCAACAACUACAUGCCACCAAAAGUUGGUAACCGUUUCUUUUUGGAUAAAUUACAAAAAAGAAAACAAAAUGAAUCCCAUGUUUCCGGAAGAAAAUCAUCUACUCGUCUUGCUCACAAAGAGGCUUCCUUAGGAGCCAUUGCAAGCGACGCCUCAAGUACCCAAAGGUUCUACCCAAGGAUCUGUAGAUGAUUUUUCAAAUGUUUAGCCAUAUUUGAAUCAAAAAGUUUAAAAUUAUUGAUGAAAGACAAUAGAAGUUUUAUUAUUUUUCAAAUGUUUAGCC